GCACCAAUUAUAAUUGGACCGAUAUUCUCAGGCUCAUGGGAAUCGACGAAGGCACCGCUCAAACUUCGGGCGUUCGGCCUCUACGUCAGUCGUUAGCGAAUCUUCGAUGACCUAGUCGAGUCUGCCUAUCUCAUUUACAUCUCUUCCGUUCUGGCGACGACGAUCAGAGUACCUCUCUGACUCGGACCUUUUCAAGUUCAGUAUGACGACCAUAGCGAACUUAUGCGCACAGGCUUCUUUCGUCUCUUCCCACCAGAGAUCGGUUUACCCACUCUUUUUCAGGACAAUCAUAACAUAUUGCUCCUUCGUUCAAGUAUCGGGCCGGAUUCAGGUUCCAUAGCGAGCAUGUUCCAGGUCCUGCAAUGGCGUACGAUAUCUUGUCGAUUAAGCUUCUCCGGUAUUCCAAAUUCGAAUUCGUACCCUAUAGGCAUGUCUGCGAGGGAGGCUAUCUCGGAAUUCAAUCGAUGCAGUCGUCCAGUCUGUCUAGACAUAGAAGCAAGCCGGCAUCCGUACUUGCGCGGACUUGACUCCGUUGAGAUUCCACAUUAGAAGUUUGGGGCACAAAGACUUGAAGCUUUAGUCCAUUUUAGCUCUCUCGCACUCGCAAGUUCCAAUCGGAGUAUCCUUCGCUUUGUCCAUUCUCCGACAGACCGCUAGUGCAGAAGAUCAGCCUGACAUCCCACCCAGCUUCUCCUGCCCUGCAGACCCUGAAAAUACAACUGGCGUUUUACG